AUGCAAGACACAAUUGAUGAAAGAAUUAUUGAUAAUGGUGGUGAUGAUGAUAUUAGAUCAUCGGCCAUCCAGAAAUCAUCAAAUGUUGCUGUUAUGCGUAGACGCCCGGAUUCUUAUUUGAAUGCAACACAAAUUCUAAAGGUGGCAGGCCUGGAUAAAGAACAUGAAAAAGUACAAGGAGGUUAUGGAAAAUAUCAAGGAACUUGGAUUCCUUUUGAAAAAGGCAAAGAACUUGCUACAAAAUAUGGUGCCCUUGAGAGUUUAUGUUCUAUCCUUGGAUACAUGUCACCAGAAUAUGAUACUCCUUAUUUGUCAUCUCCAUACACUCCAACUAAAGAACAAGCUAUGGCAGCUUUACAUAUUGAAUCAGCAGCAGCAGACAAUUCUUCGUCACCUGAAAUUGGUGAGAGUGAGCAACUCGGGAAUAUUUUAAUGGCAAUAUUUUUGAGUGAGAAACCGGAAUUAAUACAGGAUUUGUUGGUUACUCAAUAUUCAUCUGAACCUGAUAUAAACAUGGUGAUUGACAGUCGUGGGAAUUCUGCAAUACAUUGGGCUGCGUGUUUGGGAAGACUAAAAAUCUUGGAAAUGUUGUUGAAUAGAGGUGCUAAUAUGCAACAAGUGAAUUAUGAUGGGGAGACUGCUUUAAUUAGAUCUGUAUUUGUGACAAAUAAUUAUGAUUCUCAGUCAUUUUCACAAGUGGUAAAACUAUUUCAUGACACAAUCCCAAUUACUGAUAAAGAUAAUUGA